AUGACCGAAGAAGAAAAGGAAGGAAUAAAUCUAAAUAAAAAAUCUAAUAUGACGCCCUGGAAAUAUAAAGAUACCACGGAAAUCUCUGACCAUCCGAAAAUACAACUAUCUACAAAGAAAAGGAAAGAAAGCUCAAGUCAACAGUCUGCCAGAAAAACGGAAAGAUUCCGAAAACCAGCAACAGAAGGAAGGAGAAACCAUAUUUUCUCCCAACAGGAUAGAAAAAACGAAAAAAGAGAUCACCAGCAGUCACAGAAAAGACCUCAUAACAACCGAAACCAGCGAACACAAACCAACCAAGAAGACUAUCUCACUGAAGGAAGGAAACCCAAAGAAAUUGAAAUCCCACUCAAUAGGAUCAACCUGCCAACCCACCUCUAUAACAACUUAAGAGAAGCAAAACGGCAAGGCAGGUCCGAAACCAAAACUCAGAUCCAAGGAAAGUUAAAUAUCAAAGAAUUCACGAGUAGGGAAACCUAA